UGUUUUUGCUGUAAUGCGGCGGCUGCGGUUCAUCUGAAAUCGAAGAAAAAAUAAACUAAACAGAAACACAAAAUGAGCGACAAGAGUGAAAGUCCAAAGAGGGAGGAACCCAACGAAAGUGAAACUGUUUCAAUGGAAGCAACCAAGGCAAACGAAACAGCCUCCAACUCUCCAGCAGAGGAGCAGCAAACUGAGCCUGCAAGCGAAAGUAAAAGUAAAAAUGAAAAGGAAAAGGAAAAAGAAUAUCCAAUAACAACAGGAGGUGCCACAAAAGGUGAAACUAAAAGCCAAAUGAAUGACCCCACAACCAAAGACGCAGCAGGCGAUACAGUCCAUGGCCAGGACGCGUUGCAGGCCUCGCCGCAGGACUUUGCGGGCUACGAACAGCAUGUGAGCUAUGCGGCCGAUGGUGGCGCAAUUUACACGGAUCCGAGCACAAAGCAAAAAUAUAAAUGGUGCAACACGCAAAACAAUUGGCAACUCAGUGGCGAUGAGGCGUCUUCAGCUGUCAAUCCAUAUGAGAAUGAGCACUACAAGUGGUGUCAGAAGACGCAGCAAUGGCUGCCCAAGAAACAGUCGACAAAUACCGCAACAGAAACGGAACACUACAAAUGGGAUGCGGAGCAGCAAAAGUGGCUGCCCAAGCAGCCGCCAACGAAGGCGUCACCUGGUCAGGAUGUGGUCUAUGGCGUCGAUGAGAACGGUGAUCGCACCUAUACGGACAAAGAUGGUGUCGUCUUCUUUUGGGAUGCGAGCAAAUCCGCUUGGUUCCCCAAGAUCGAUGAUGACUUUAUGGCACGCUAUCAAAUGAACUAUGGUUUCAUUGACAACACCAGUGCCGGGGAGCGCGAGAAGGCGGAACGCGAAGCAGCUGAGGCCAAACGCAAGGAGGACGAACUGAAACGCAUGACAGCCGAAGCUCAGGCGGCCAUGAAUGCACCACUGAUGGACAAGGAUGGUGAUCCAACAGCAACAACAGCUCUUGGCAAACGAAAGGCACAGGAUCCGCCAAAGUGGUUCGAGAUGGAUCCGCUGCAGAACACCAAGGUCUACGUAUCCAAUUUGCCACUGGACAUCACCAUCGACGAGUUUGCCGAGCUGAUGGGCAAAUGUGGUUUGGUCAUGCGAGAUCCGCAAACGCAGAAAUACAAACUUAAAUUGUAUACCGAAGCGGAUGGACAAAUCAAAGGCGAUGGCUUGUGCGAUUAUAUCAAGGUGGAGUCGGUUAAUUUGGCCCUGGAGAUUCUAGAUGAGUAUGAUUUGAGGGGUCACAAGAUUCGAGUGCAGCGCGCACAGUUUCAAAUGCGUGGCGAAUACAAUCCGGCGCUAAAGCCCAAGCGCAAAAAGAAGGACAAGCAGAAGUUGCAGAAAAUCAAGGAAAAAUUGUUUGACUGGCGACCCGACAAAAUGCGUGGUGAGCGCUCAAAGAAUGAGAAAACGGUUAUCAUCAAAAAUCUGUUUGUGCCCGAACUCUUUGAGAAUGAAGUGGAACUUAUUCUGGAGUAUCAAAAUAAUUUGCGCGAUGAGUGCGGCAAAUGCGGCAUGGUGCGCAAAGUGGUCAUCUAUGAUCGUCAUCAAGAAGGCAUAGCACAGAUUAACAUGUCAACGCCGGAGGAGGCGGAUGUGGUCAUACAAAUGAUGCAGGGUCGCUACUUUGGACAGCGUCAGCUAAGCGCUGAACACUGGGAUGGCAAGACGAAAUACAAAAUUGACGAAUCAGCGGCCGAGGCAAGCGAGCGUCUAAACAAAUGGGAUGAGUAUCUGGCCGCAGAGGAUGCGAUCAAGCAGGAAGCGGAAGAGGCGCCCAGCGAAAGUCCACUGGCUUCAGAAGCCACUGCAUAAGCUUUGUUAUGUUUAUUUUGCAUACCUGCCAUCCUUGCCACGUCCGCCUACGACCUCCAGUACGACCUC